AUGGCAUCGGUGUCCCUCAUGUCGAAGCACAAGAAAAUAGCUUCGGCGCCUAGAACCUACGAUGCGGAUGGGUUUAAGAGACGAGCGGCUUGCAUUUGUUUCAGAGAUCGGAGAGAACAAGAGAUUCUGCUGAUUACCUCCAGCCAGGAUGUGGAGAAGUGGAUUGUUCCUGGAGGGGGCAUUGACCCAGGAGAAGAACCCUGGGAGGCAGCAGAGAGAGAGGCCCUGGAAGAGGCUGGGGUCACAGGUGUUGUAGACAGACUGCUGGGUGUCUUUGAGAACCAAGAGAGGAACUCCAGAACGUGGGUCUAUGCCUUCUAUGUGACCAGCCUUGAGGAUCACUGGAGCGAGUCUGUGAGCUUGGACAGAAGACGACGGUGGUUUCCUUUGGGAGAUGCCAAACUUGCCCUUUCCAAUCACAAGCCACCUUUGCUGAAUUACAUCCAGGUAAUUGAAGGCAUCCAGGUCACAGAGGGCAUUAAGGUCACCUCAUAG